AUGAAUCAUCAUAAUAGCGCAUACCAAGACUUCAAGAACUUGUGCUAUCAUCUGAAUGCGUUUGAGCAUCUACAUAUACCCUCACCCACAUAUCAAAAGCGCAGAGCAGCCGUAGCAGCUAUUAUAAGGUGUCAUACUAGCUCGCCUCCAAGCAUUGUUCGCGAUCAAGUUUCAAAUUUAGACGAGUUCUUUGAGCAGGACUGGGUCAAGCACGGGCAAGCGGAAAUAUUGUUUAUGCAAAGAGCAUCUCGAGAAAGCGACAGAUGGUCUGGGCAUGUCUCUUUUGUGGGUGGUAAAAAUGAGCCUGGAGAAACAGACGAGGAUACAGUGAAAAGAGAGGUUCUAGAAGAGAUUGGCAUCGAUUUAAACCAAGGGUACCUCAAGGUUGGACAAUUAGAUGAGCGUGAGAUCACAUCUGUUAAGGAUAACAAGCUGUUGAUGAUGUUGUCCCCCUUUGUUUAUUUGCAAGUUGUGCCUGAGUCCCCACCAUUUCAACUUCAAACAGAUGAAGUUGCAGCUGUUGAAUGGGUUCCACUAUCAUUUUUCACAUCAAACCAGCCAUAUGCAAACCAUGCCAUCACUGAGCAUUUGACGUUAGUUCGAGUCAAGAAUAGAUUUGUGAAUCGAUGCAUGCGGUUUUUGAUGGGAUCAGUUACAUUCCCAGCCGUCCACCUUCCUACAACGGCAGUGAAUUCGCAAACCACUUUCAAGCUAUGGGGUUUAACACUCGGUAUGACAAGCGACAUUAUUGAAUUUACCCAAAAGAAUCGCUUGGCGUUUCUGAAACUGACAAAGAGUAAGCCUAUCUACUCGAGAAAAGACAUUGGCAUGUUGGUAGCUUUAAUCACUCAAUUACGGUAUUUUAUUCGAUAUGGUAAAUUGGAACUCUAUCCCAAUUCAACUGCCAUGAGGUAUUGUAUGGUUAUUAACGAGGAAAAGGUAAUGGUCUGA